AUGAUUAUCAUCACAGCUAUCCUGCAAAUGCUCCGCAAUGGUUUUGUCCUCUCCAAGACUGUCAUCUUCAUCUGGGGUUUAGUUCUCAGCCAUGCAUUGGUAAGCAAUGGGGUGGUGGACGUUUUCGCGGAUUUCCUUGGAGAUGAAAAGUAUAAUCUAUGGAAAGCGAUUAUGGUUAAGAGUUUUUUAGAGGGAUUAUCGGCUGUGUUAAAAGUUGCUGUUAUACAUGUCUCAGAGGCUUACAUAGGUCGCUUCAAGGCCAUUAUCUUCUGCACUGGAUCCUUUACUAUGGGGUUGGUGCUACUAUGGAUUCGCGCAUCACACCUGGAUAUCGUUACUCUGAUUUUCGCAAUAGUACUCAUUGCAUUAGGCACGGCUGGAAAAGAGCCAACUUUAAGAGAUUUUUUUGAUUAUCAACUGAGGGAAAAAGUAAAGAAAAAUUGUACUGAAAAGAACGAAGGAGAAGAUAAGGAACCAUCACAAGAGAAGGAAAGAUCAGGUAAAAAUGACAGCGCAGCUACUAAUCUUUGGUGGUCUACUGCUUCCAUUAUCGGUUCCGUUAUAGCUUCCUUCUUCUUAAGCUCAGAUCAUUGGGGGGAAAAUUUUGAAAUUUCGUCUAUCGUUAUGGGAGCUACGUGUUUACUGUUUAUCAUCGGCAUUUUCUGCUAUUAUCCUGAAGAAAAACCAUCAGAAAGCCCUCUCACUAUCCCUUAUAGGGUCUUUAAAGCAGCCAUUAAGAAUCGCAGACUGUCAUAUCCAUCUUCAAAACAGGACUAUAACAAUGAAGAUUCAGACGAUGCUUCAUCAGAAGAUUUCUUUUAUCGGACAGAAAAUGGUGAGGUUCACUUGUUGCCACGUCAUCCAUCAUUUUCGUUGUUCUUGGACAGGGCUGCUAUGAUGAACAACUCCGAUGAUGAAGAGAAAGUCAGAAAAGAAGAGGUUUGUACGGUCGUGCAAGUGAGAGAUGUCAAGAACUUUUGUCUUAUAAUUCCCCUGGUGGUUACCCUCUUCUCAUACAACUUGGUUUCUACUUCUGGUAACACUUACUUUGUUUUGCAAGCAAGCACCUUGAGUUCUUAUAACAUUGGUGCUUUCGAUGUUUCUAUCAUGGCUUUGUUUGCAAUCAAAUCUCUGAUUACUUUUGUGGUACGAACAAUCCAAUCAAGAUAUAAAGUGGUGAGACCACUUUGGAGUAUUGCUGUUGGGAUGUUUUUUUCAGUACUUUGCUGUAUUGCGGCUUGGCAAGUGGAACGCCGUAGGCUGUAUCUGAAAAAACCAGACGACGACAUUCCCAUGAGCAUCAUGAUUUUAACUCCACAGUAUUUCUUGCUCGGGCUAAUGGAAGGAUUUGCAGAAGGUGGGCUUAAGAAUUUCUUGAGUGAUCGGUUGUACUCUGAGUCAAUGAAAAACUUUGUGGAACCGUACAUUGAAAUGUUGCUGGGGAUUGGGAAAUUCUCCAGCAUUCUAUUUGCAUUAGUAUUUUACAAAUGGAUCAAGGACGAAAUAAACCAUAGUCGCCUGGAUAACUAUUUUCUAGUAUUGGCAUCACUAAGUUUCGUGUACCUUGGGAUUUAUAUAUUCUAUGCCAAGUUCAAGUUCCAGAGACGCCGAGUUGCAGUUCCAGCAGAAACCAUCCAAGAGACUAUUGAGAGGAUGGAUGAAUUAUUACAAGUCGAGGUAGAUAUUAAUCAAUAG